AUGUGUCUAGAGACAGCUAAACGCCCAACACCUAGCAACUCAAGCCUGUGUCUAGAGGCAGCUAAACGCCCAACACCUAGCAACUCAAGCAUGUGUCUAGAGACAGCUAAACGCCCAACACCUAGCAACUCAAGCAUGUGUCUAGAGGCAGCUAAACGCCCAACACCUAGCAACUCAAGCAUGUGUCUAGAGACAGCUAAACGCCCAACACCUAGCAACUCAAGCAUGUGUCUAGAGACAGCUAAACGCCCAACACCUAGCAACUCAAGCCUGUGUCUAGAGACAGCUAAACGCCCAACACCUAGCAACUCAAGCAUGUGUCUAGAGACAGCUAAACGCCCAACACCUAGCAACUCAAGCCUGUGUCUAGAGGCAGCUAAACGCCCAACACCUAAGGCAGCUAAACGCCCAACACCUAGCAACUCAAGCAUGUGUACAGAGGUGGCUAAACGCCCAACACCUAGCAACUCAAGCCUGUGUCUAGAGGCAGCUAAACGCCCAACACCUAGCAUCUCAAGCCUGUGUACAGAGGUGGCUAAACGCCCAACACCUAGCAUCUCAAGCCUGUGUCCAGAGGCAGCUAAACGCCCAACACCUAGCAUCUCAAGCCUGUGUCUAGAGACAGCUAAACGCCCAACACCUAGCAUCUCAAGCCUGUGUACAGAGGUGGCUAAACGCCCAACACCUAGCAACUCAAGCCUGUGUCUAGAGACAGCUAAACGCCCAACACCUAGCAUCUCAAGCCUGUGUACAGAGGUGGCUAAACGCCCAACACCUAGCAUCUCAUGCCUGUGUCCAGAGGCAGCUAAACGCCCAACACCUAGCAUCUCAAGCCUGUGUCUAGAGACAGCUAAACGCCCAACACCUAGCAUCUCAUGCCUGUGUCCAGAGGCAGCUAAACGCCCAACACCUAGCAUCUCAAGCCUGUGUCUAGAGGCAGCUAAACGCCCAACACCUAGCAUCUCAUGCCUGUGUCCAGAGGCAGCUAAACGCCCAACACCUAGCAUCUCAAGCCUGUGUCUAGAGGCAGCUAAACGCCCAACACCUAGCAUCUCAUGCCUGUGUCCAGAGGCAGCUAAACGCCCAACACCUAGCAACUCAAGCCUGUGUCUAGAGACAGCUAAACGCCCAACACCUAGCAUCUCAAGCCUGUGUACAGAGGUGGCUAAACGCCCAACACCUAGCAACUCAUGCCUGUCCAGAGAGGCAGCUAAACGCCCAACACCUAGCAUCUCAAGCCUGUGUCUAGAGGCAGCUAAACGCCCAACACCUAGCAUCUCAUGCCUGUGUCCAGAGGCAGCUAAACGCCCAACACCUAGCAUCUCAAGCCUGUGUCUAGAGGCAGCUAAACGCCCAACACCUAGCAUCUCAUGCCUGUGUCCAGAGGCAGCUAAACGCCCAACACCUAGCAACUCAAGCCUGUGUCUAGAGACAGCUAAACGCCCAACACCUAGCAUCUCAAGCCUGUGUACAGAGGUGGCUAAACGCCCAACACCUAGCAACUCAUGCCUGUCCAGAGAGGCAGCUAAACGCCCAAUACCUAGCAACUCAUCCCUGUGUCCAGAGGCAGUGAAACGCCCAACACCUAGCAACUCAAGCAUGUGUCUAGAGACAGCUAAACGCCCAACACCUAGCAACUCAAGCAUGUGUCUAGAGGCAGCUAAACGCCCAACACCUAGCAUCUCAAGCAUGUGUCUAGAGGCAGCUAAACGCCCAAUACCUAGCAACUCAUCCCUGUGUCCAGAGGCAGCUAAACGCCCAACACCUAGCAACUCAAGCCUGUGUCUAGAGGCAGCUAAACGCCCAACACCUAGCAACUCAUGCCUGUCCAGAGAGGCAGCUAAACGCCCAACACCUAGCAACUCAAGCCUGUGUCUAGAGACAGCUAAACGCCCAACACCUAGCAACUCAAGCAUGUGUCUAGAGACAGCUAAACGCCCAACACCUAGCAACUCAAGCCUGUGUCUAGAGGCAGCUAAACGCCCCAUGUCCUAG